GCGUAACCGCGGCGUACGCGUACAAGUGAGUUUAUAAAAUUCGAUAAAGUUGCGGAAUGAUACACACAACCUACGAUAAUGUAUUUUAUUUGUGGUUGGAAUAUCUUGGCACACGACGAAUGCACAUUAUUACUAUUGCACUUAAUGUAACUGUGUGUGAGUUUUUCUUGAAAUCAACAGUUACGGUACAAAAAGAUACGACGAGCCUGAGCUAAAAUAUUCUAAUCGGAAGUGGAUCGAUGAAAUUUCAAUGACACCUUUAUAUAGGUGCGACGUAUCGAAAAGAGAAGAGAUUUUCGAAGUAGCCGCGAGAGUCAAGAGAGAGGUCGGUGACGUCACUAUUCUAGUUAACAAUGCUGGUAUAAUGUCUUGCCAUGCUUUUCUCGAUCAUACUGCCGACGAAAUUAAACGGAUCUUUGACAUCAACGUGCUAGCACAUUUCUGGACGCUGCAGGCGUUUCUACCGAGUAUGAUUGAAAAGAAUCACGGUCACAUUGUCGCGCUCUCAUCAAUAGUAGGGCUCUUUGGUUUAUCAAACAUAAUUCCCUAUUCCGCCAGCAAAUUCGCAGUUAGAGGACUCAUGGAGGCGAUUAACGAGGAAUUACAAUUGUCUACCAAGGGAAAAUCAAUGAUCAAAUUCACUACCGUUUAUCCGUAUAUAGUGGACACCGGAUUUUGCAAGAAGCCAAGAAUAAAGUAAGUUUGUGAUGAAACUACAA